GGGGGCGGGAGGUGUAGGCUGAAGCGAUCGCGGCGGCGGCGGCAUAAACGGGCCUGGUGCGGGUGGCAGAAAGUGUCCCGGGCCGGCUAUGUGAUCGCCGAGCCCUUGGCAGCACUGAACAAGAUUUGUGAUGAAAUGGAGCCUGGAACAAACUCUUUUCGAGUCGAAUUUCCUGAUUUUUCCAGCACCAUUCUGCAGAAACUGAACCAGCAGCGCCAGCAAGGACAGCUAUGUGAUGUCUCCAUUGUGGUGCAGGGCCACAUUUUCCGGGCACACAAAGCCGUUCUUGCUGCCAGUUCGCCCUACUUUUGUGACCAGGUACUCCUGAAAAACAGCAGGAGGAUCGUGUUGCCUGACGUGAUGAACCCGAGGGUGUUUGAGAACAUUCUCCUGUCUAGCUAUACGGGACGCCUAGUAAUGCCUGCUCCAGAGAUCGUUAGUUACUUAACAGCAGCAAGCUUCCUCCAGAUGUGGCACGUGGUGGACAAAUGCACCGAGGUUUUAGAGGGAAACCCUACAGUCCUUUGUCAGAAGCUAAAUCACAGCAGUGACCACCAGUCUCCAAGCAGCAGUAGUUACAAUGGCCUGGUAGAAAGCUUUGAGCUGGGCUCGGGGGGCCAUGCUGAUUUCCCCAAAUCCCAGGAACUGAGAGAUGGAGAGAACGAGGAGGAGAGCACCAAAGACGAGCUGUCGUCGCAGCUCACCGAGCAUGAAUACCUCCCCAGCAACUCGUCCACCGAGCACGACCGGCUGAGCACUGAAAUGGCGAGCCAGGAUGGGGAGGAGGGGGCCAGUGACAGUGCCGAAUUCCACUACACCCGGCCCAUGUACAGCAAGCCCAGCAUAAUGGCCCACAAACGCUGGAUUCACGUGAAGCCCGAGCGCUUCGAACAGGCGUGCGAGGGCAUGGACGUGCACGCCCCCUACGAUGAGCACCAGGUCACCGAGUCCAUCAACACCAUGCAGACGGAGCACUCAGUCCAGCCCUCGGGAGUUGAGGAGGACUUUCACAUUGGGGAAAAAAAAGUGGAGGCCGAGUUUGAUGAGCAGGCUGAUGAGAGCAACUAUGACGAGCAGGUGGAUUUCUAUGGCUCUUCCAUGGAGGAGUUUUCUGGAGAGCGGUCGGAUGGGAAUCUGAUUGGACACAGGCAGGAGGCUGCCCUCACAGCGGGCUACAGUGAGAAUAUUGACAUGGUAGCAGGGAUUAAAGAAGAAGCUUCCCACUUAGGAUUCUCAGCCACCGACAAGCUGUAUCCUUGUCAGUGUGGGAAAAGUUUCACUCACAAGAGCCAGCGAGACCGACACAUGAGCAUGCACCUCGGCCUCCGGCCUUAUGGCUGUGGUGUCUGCGGUAAGAAAUUCAAAAUGAAGCACCAUCUCGUGGGCCACAUGAAAAUUCACACAGGCAUAAAGCCAUACGAGUGUAAUAUCUGUGCAAAGAGAUUUAUGUGGAGGGACAGUUUCCACAGGCAUGUGACUUCUUGUACCAAGUCUUAUGAAGCUGCAAAGGCUGAGCAGAAUACGACUGAGGCUAACUAAAAAUAGGAUCUGGCCCUUGAGUGGCAGGCACAAAAAUAAACUAUGGUAAUUAUGCAAAUCUGGGCACAGAUGAUAUGUGCUACUUGCUAUUAUGAGAGAAGCUUAAAAAAAAAAAAAAGGAAGAUAUUUCCGAAAGACCAGUUCUAAGUAGGCCAAUUAAAAAAUCUAAUUCUUCAGAUUUGGAUGUUCCAGUCCGGGCCUGGCAUAGGUCACGGGGGUAAGGUAACCCACCUCCCAGCCGGCAAGGGAAACCUUUAGGCCCGUUGUGAUUGAGGCCGGUAGAGCUGGUGAUGGAGAUGUCUGCACCUGGAACUGGACUUCAGCCCACCAGUUCCAUUCCAGGUGGCGGCAGCCUUUGAUCGCUCAUGAUUACAAGGUCACGUUGGAAUUUUAUUUUGCUCUUACUAUAGAUACUUAGGUAAUGUGGAUUUGUUUGGGUAGCUGCUUCAAUGAAUGAAAUGCUACUUCUGUAAAAGCUACAAAUGUGAUUCCUAGGAUACGACAUUGAUUAACAGAGCUCUCUUGUCUGGUUUUAUUCUUUCUAAAGAGUAUUUUACUUCAAACUAUGGCGAGACUAAGAGGGCGACAUUCUAAGUAUAAACCAACUUAUGGUACAAGCUUCCAUUUCUGUAAGAUGCCACUGUCACAAUGUGUUUCAGACUCUUGAUAAGGCAAAGUUUUGUAUUUUAAUAAUAACGUUUAGUUUGAACAAUUGUAUCUAAUUAUAAUUCUCUAGCGUGCCAGAGAUAGGUAUUCCUAACUGGUUUGCUGUCCCGAAUCCUCUUGGUUUCACUGUAGCAUCUACGCAGUGGCACCUGCUCUAUGGCUGGCAGACGCCUAGCCUGCUGUGACUGACCACGGUACCACUGGCUGCUGUAGCCGUUUUGCUCUUUUAGAUUAUGGUGCUUCCCAAAGAGGUGUCAGUGACCACGGUUAGUGAGAAGGAGCCAGAAGUCACCGCUGAGCGUUACCUGUGAACUUCAGGAGUUACUAGAGUGCUACAAUGACACUGCAAGUGUCGGAGUGAGAGUUGCCGCAUAGCAUAAUUUUGAGUGGCAGGUUACACUUGACGGGGGAAAAAGACUGCCCGAGAAAAGAGGAGCCUGGAAAAUACACUGGUAGGGGCGGUAGUCUUUCAGAGGCAUGUACUGAGCUGACACUGCCAGUUCCUUAGGAGCGCUGGGAUGUGUUUUAAAAGGGGGGGAAGGAGUUCUCAUUUUAGAAAGUCGUCUACAGAUUCAUGCUCCCGAAUUACAGAUCAAGCUGCAUAAACUCACAAGUCCUCAUAGCCAUCCAUAGCAAAAACAACAAGAUAAGCAGCUAUUCCGAGACCUUGUCUGCCAAUCAGUCAGGUGUUUUACGGUAAAAAGCAAGCUUGUAUUCAGGAUGCUUGAAGCUGUGCGAGAUACCUGACGUUACCCCAGGGUAGGAUGGGGUGCCGCUCUCAUGUCAACUUUCCCAGGAACUCACUGCUCUCUUAACUCGGAGUGGAAACUUUUCUUCCUUAAAAUAAAAAUAACUUCUUGGAUUUGGGAUGACAUUUUGUGUUAAAAGUGUGGUGUUGCUCUAAUGGGAUAGACAUUGCUGGCAAUGGCCCCUGGUCCACAACCUCCAACCACCAAGGUGUUGACUUGUUGAAUGUUGUCUGGAAAGGGAAAAGGACUGACCUACCAGUUAACUCUUGUAAUCAAGGUUACAAAACAGGGAUCUAUUCAUUAACACUGUAUCAUUCUCGAUAUAAAAAAGCACUUUGUAUUUAAAACUUUAUUAUAAAUAUAUCUAUAUAUAUAUUGCUUUUUAUAACCUAGAAACUAGAUGUUACCUCUUGGUUGUUCGCCACAUGAGUAUCCUCUUAGCAUUGAAAAUUCACCAGUUAACACUCCCUUCUCUGUGUACCUGACAGAAGUGUAUAGAGGUGACUGUACAAUCAAGCUCAGUGGCUCCUCCCCUUUUUCUCAUGUCAGAAGCCACUGGGUUUUUAGGUAUGAUACCGGCCAUGAUGUGUGAGGAAAAACUGUUUUAUUGUUCCUAGUAAUUUCAGUACCAAGGCAGCAAAGCCAUUUUGUUCUGCCAAAAGCUGACCACCCUCUCCCAUGGGAUUAGCAAACCAUUUUCUGCCUGUUUAGAAGGUUUGGAUGUGCUGUUUCCCAUCAAAGAUGAUAUUCAAAUGAGCAUUGGGACAUUUGGGGAGAAGAGUCCGAGAGGCAAAAUGAAAAUAGUCAGGAAAAAUCAUGGUCCUUCAGUUGUGCUGAAAUCAGCAGCACCCUUGUCGUAAGUAAUGAUGAUGCGCAUUUGUUCAGCCAGGACUGGUGGGUGCCCUUGGGUGGCAGUCUUGGAAACAGUCAGUUGUGCUGGGAUUUAUUUCAUGUGAAGAGAGGUAUAUCUUUUACUGAAAUCCUUAUAUGCACAUCAGCCACUAAAUGUAGAACUAAGUGUAAGUUCCUCACAUCUGCUGUUUUAAAUUUUUUAUGAGAGUUGGGGUUUCCGUAAAAAUUAGGGUUGCUGAUCAGGUCAGCCAGACCCUGUGAGGUGGUUGGGCACCUGAAAUGCAGGCCAUGUUCAGAGAGGCAGGGGAUGGGGAUUGCCUUAGUUUGGAUAUUAAAAGUGAAUUUUUAUAAACUCUGCUUUUUAGGGUUAGAGCAUACUGUAUUGCUACCUUUUCUCCCUGCCUACCCUGGGUUGGAUAGAUAGUCUGUCUCCUUAGCCUCAGUACAGCUUUAGAAAAUCUUUAUCCUUCCAAAGUUUGGAUAGUUGUGGGGUAACAUUUUCCAAACAGUCUUUCAGGGAUCAUGUCCAUGGCCUACAACCAAGGUGUUUGUCCUCUGCUUUGAGUCUUAACUGUGGUUUUUCUCCAAUGGGAAAGGGCUUCAAGGCACCGCCAAGGGUAUUUAAUAUUAGUACUUAUACCAAGCCUUUAAUUUUAGGUACACGCAUUACAGUCAUCCACUUGGUAAAGCAGGUGUCACUGGCUAACUAGGGAAGGCCUGCGACAGCCUUUCCUCAGGGCCGAGGGCUUCCCUCAGGUGUCCUUCCUGGGCCCCAGCCCUGCUGGUUCUGAUUUCUGCAUCUCACCUGUCUCCAGCCUCUUCUCUUGGCCACGACUUUCAAAGAGCCUGCCUAGAAGAGUCUCCUCCAUUCUAGGGGGCGUUUGCCAAACUAAAUGGCCCCUAAGCUGACUUCUAGCUCUUUGGGAAAGCUGCUUAGCCUCAGUGGCUCCUUCCUGCAGAGGCACGCACACCCCCAAGCUGCCAGGAAGUGAAGUUGAGGCAGAGCAGACGCUGCAGAGCUGUGCCCUCCCUGGAGAAGGGGAUUUGCUGCAGCCCCCUGGUCACUGAGGGUGGAGAGGACUCCAUCACACCUAAUCCAGGUGUGCUUUCAUAAGGUCUCUGAUAAUUUAGGAAUGCUGGAAACCAAGCAACAUUUACCCCACCCUCACCCCCACCCCCAUCCCCCAACUGUGCCACACUUACUUUUGUGAUUUAGGUUGCUUUCAGGGGUGACUAACUUUGUUCAUUGAAACCAGGGUUUGUUUGUUUGGGUUUUUCCUUUGCUACUUAUAUAUUUAAAGGUACCUGUUUCUUAUUUCAGAUUUCUACUGAUAGUGUGCUCUAUGGGAAGAUGCUGGAACACAUUUUGCAAAUGUGACUUUUUUUUUUCCCUUAGUUUUGCUUGAAGCCUGUGUCACAAUGUCAGUUGCUGCUGCCUUCUUCCCCUUUAUGAGGUUCCCAAUGUUUCUUCCAGAACAUUACGUUAUUUAUGCAAGUCAGGUGACUCCUAGACCACAAAACCAUUUGACGAUAAACAGAUUAUCACUAGGUGCAUAUCUGAUUGAUAUUUUGUGAAAUGUUAUGCCUGUGUUGCAAAAGUUGAAUAGUUUUGUCUUUAUAUAUUGCUGUCUUCAGUGUACAGCAUGGUUUUACUUAACUGAAUGUUACUGUUUAAUAUUUUCUUCUUAUAGAAGAGGCCAUGCCCUUUUGUAUGACAUGUUUUAAUAAAUGUUAUCUGUCAACUUUG